GUUGCCUGUGACAAACUUACUAUCAUUAUUCUGUUCGGCUAAUUGUAAUUUGUAUGUCCGGCAUUUUAAAAACUAACUUCAGUGUUUCGUUUUCGUUUUCGCUUGUGUUAUGUGUUAUAAAUUAAUCAAUUAAAGCGUAUUUCGAUUAUAAUUAAUUCAAUUAACAGAUAAUUAAAGUAGUCGUCUUUAGUUAUGAAGGAAGAAAAAAAAUUUGCCAAUAGUGUUAUAUGCUUGCUGUAAAUUCUUAGUAAUAAUCAUUUCUUCGCUGAAGUAAUAAGAAGUUGGUGGUGCAAAAUGUACCGAAACCAAAGUGCAUGAAGGAACAAAAAAUAAUGGAGCUCAUAUGGUUGUAUGCGUGAAGUUUAAGAUAAGUGCAUUGAAAAUGUGGCUAAAAUAAAUUACGAAUGAAAUAAUGUAUACCAAUAUAGUAGAAUUCAAUUUUUAAGUUGUCGAGGGCAACAAGACAACAUUUUUUAAAAUUAUAAUUUUUUUUUUUACAUUUGGUGAUACUUAUUAAGAAUAUGUAAAUAACUGGUGAAUGAAAUUAAUUAAAACACAGGGUGGAUUCACUGAAAGAAACAUACAUAUGUGCAAAGUCCAAGCAAACAAGAAGUAACAAAUAUGUUAUGCCUACAAGACGUUUGUAAUACUGAACCUUGUUUUCUUAGUGAUAAAAUAUCGUAUUAAAGGAACAGGUGUCCAUGGUAUAAAAAUAAAAUUUGAAUGAUAGUUUUUCUUAACAUUUUGGAUAUAUUAUACCCAAUAUAUAUCAUGAAUGUUCAAUGAAAGGAAAAUAGCGUGAUGUAGCUAUUGAUCAUAAAUAAUUAAAAAUAUCAAGAACACCUACACGAAAAGCGAUAACGAAAGACACCAACACACCAUAAAGAUAGUGGCUGCAAAUCUACCUUUUUCCUUUUUUGAUUGAGAUUUGGUUAGCACUACGUAGCUAUCAGUCAAUUAAUGUGGAAGCUUAACAACGAAAAUGGAUUCGCCGAAGAGGGAGAAGGUAAACGUUACGCAAUUACAUCACUAUCAACAAACGCUAAAUAUACGAAAUACAAUCAAUAAUACAAACACAACAAAUUUAAAUGAAAACGAGCAUGAAAUAAAAGGCACAACCCAAAGUACUGACACUAGUGAACUUUGUCGGGAUGAAGAAUCGAAGUUUUCACCAGUAAAAAUAAUAACACCACCAAUUAGCAAAUCGGCAGGUGGGAAGUUAACCGAUGCAGUGCCGAAAACGAUUGAAGCUGUGGUUAACAAAAACGAAGAGACUGAAAAUGCGGCCAUGGUGUAUGUUGAUGCUUCAAAAAUGAGCCCAGCAACACCCACAAACACAAAUCCUAUUUCGAUACCGAAAACAAUGGUAAACACUUUAGCAAUUACAACUAUUGAAGAUACGGAUAAUAUGCAGUCUAACUCCAAAGUGAGCAAAUUUGUAGUACCAGCCAUACCCGAUACAAAGGCAAUCAACAAAAACGGGGGUGUUGGUGGGACUGGUACCAGUGCCAAAAAGAAACGCAAUAAAAGCUCUAAGAAACGAGAAGACAAUAAAACACGCAACAAAUCAAACAGCAGUAAUAUCGCCAAAGGAGUCACAGAUGGGAAUCGAUGCCAGCCUAACAUAUCGGGAUCUCCAAUAAAUGUCAUCGUUUCCGGUACGGCCAAUAUGAAGGCAUCUGUUUCAAUGACAUCGCUGCCACCGGACGAUGAGAAGACAGAGGGUCGUGACGUAAUUAAAGCAAAACUAAAUGUCGAACGUCCAUACAACAGCUUAAAAAAAAACAUAGAACGCAAUGCAGUUAACACUACGUUGGGGGUAAGAGCUCACUGCUUCAGUCACAGUCAAAGUAGUACCAGUAGUUUCGCAAACCACCGCUAUUCUUGGGGCAGCGGAUACAGUUAUAGUUCGUCAAGCUUACAAAGCAGUGCCACGUUUGGGCUUGGUUCGGCUAAAGACGACCUUUGGGCUGCUAUACAAACCAACUAUAACUAUAUCAUGGACACAAACCUUUUGGAUUCAUGCAAAGAGACAGAGCGACAUCUUGCGGAUCAAAAUGAAGCUUAUGGUGUGGAAUGUGAGCAAUCGCAAUGUGCACAGUUAUUGGGUGUAACGCAGCGACGCGAAAUAUCGUGGCACGAUCCUAAAGAGUUACGCAAGUGGUUGCGUGAAAUGGAAGAGCGUCUUGAGUAUGCCCCCACUUUGUCGACAGUUACGACAUUAACGACAGCGGAGUUGCAGCACUGUUUGGCAGAACAUUCGGUGUUAUACCAUGAAAUCGUAUCACAUGCACGAGUGGUAAGCGCCUGCAUUCGCUCGGCAACAGAGGAGCAUCAAGGGCAGGUGCUACUGCAACAACAGCACGAAGAGGAACAGCAGCUGCAAUCGGUCGAUAGUUGCAGCACCACAAUCGCAGAGCAAACAAAUUCAUCACUCACAUCCAACGAAAAAACAACUUUGACAAUAGCCACAGCUAAAGAGCAGAUCAAUCACGAAUUUAGCGGUGCUAGUAGUAGCAGCGACAUUGAAACUGCGGAAAAGUCCUCGUUCUCGCCUGGGCCGUCGUUUAUCAGACCGAAUACGGCAUCCCCGCAAAGAACAGCAGAAACUAAGAUUACUGAGGAUAGUUUGGAGCGAUUGCAGAACCGUUAUCAUUUAUUAUAUUUGAAGGCGUUCGAAGUACAGCUUUGGUUGGACGGAUUGUUGCGCAAGAAAAGUUCGACUGCGAGCAUUGUUAAUGCUGCCGGUUAUAUUGAUGACAACGACAAUGUAAAUUGUCACUCAUCCGACUGUGAAGAAGACGAGGCGGCUGCAACAGAGGACGACCUAAAUAUUAUCGGUUCGGGAAUCGAAAGCGAUAUCACCCAAAAUUCUUCUUCAAUUGGGGAGCUGCGGGAUUGUAUUGAUUUGGUUGAGGAGGAAAAUCGCGUCGCCGAAAAGGGUGACUGCGAAGACGGGGACGACGAAGGAGAAGACGAGGACGACGACGAAGUUGAUUUUGGCCGUUCCCGCUUUGAUAGGCCGCCACGGGGCUAUAGCACUGUAUUGGUUACAUUUGAGAAACGAGGCAGCCUUAGUGGUCCAUCACGACCAACCACUCUCACUGAUUUCGAGGCUGACUCUGAGAACAGCGACUGGGAGACAACUGCGCAGCAAGUGGUUACUCAGAAGUCGGACGACGAGGUCGUUGGCAACCGAAUGCAGUUAUUCAACAAAGAAAUUCCAACCAAUUCAAAUCAAAUCGUCACGCCGAUAAUCGAAGACGUAGGCAGCAAGGUCGCUCAAUUACCAUUUAAUAUACACACCUCCUCCAGUGCAACAUUCGAGUCUUACCUGGAGCAAGAUGACAUCGACGGUUUGAUUGCAAAUAAACAGCAUGAAAGCGCGUCGGUCCGCGCAUCGUCAAUUUCGAUGAAAACGAAAAUGAAUAUGCUUAAAGCAAAUGUUGAAAAACGAAAACUAGUCUCAAUGAGCGCGUCAACAGUGGCCGCCACAAUCACCACCACCACUGCCAAUGAAACUAACGCCAACUCCGCGGGCACGCAGACCCCGCAGGCACUUCAAACACUACACAAUAACACAACGACUGGUCUGCCGAUUAAGCAAAAGAGCAUCGCAAUCAUAUCACCGAAUAGUCACAACAAUAAAUCGCCGACCGUCUUACGCAAGCGGCAGACACAGCACCACACCGACAUCUCAAAAUUUAAUCGAUCAAAUCGUAAGUCGAAAAAUUGUGCCGUUUUCUACUUCAAACAUUUGGAUACGGACAACGAAACUAACUGCAGCAGCGUGGGCGACGCCGCUGAUUUUAACACCACAGCAGAUGGUUUAUCCUCGUCUAAUUCACAAACAAGCGAACACCAUUUGUUGAAAUCGGCUGACGCGUCAUCUGAUGACGACGGUGGCUGGCUAUACUCAUCUGUCUUACCGCCACAAAGGGAAGAGGGCACUGGCGCAUGCGGUGGUGUAGAUAUCGACGAAAAAAGUAACAUCUGCAUCACAACUAUUGUCAUUGAUGGCAUCCAGUCGUCAGCCGUGACAUCCAGCUCAGCAUUAACUACAACACCAACAGCGAACCACGUCGUUAAUGACGACUCAGAUAAAGAAAACAAGGAAGCCCGCUCUGCCACACUGUCCAAUACGGCACUAACCACAUUACCGGUGUCGAAUGUUUGCGCACAAUCUUGCGAUAUAAGCUCUGUGCCGUCCUCACAAAAUUGCACACAAAUCGCACACGCCGAAAUACAAUUGACUCCAGUAUCCACAACUUCGGCAGCGGAAACGGCACCACUGCCUGCAGGUCGAUUUAAAGCAAAACACUUCGCCGCCAGUCGCGGCAGUGGUAGCAGCAGCAGCUACAGCACCAGAAGUAGUAGCUGUUCCUCGAACGAUCUGCUGACAGAGACGACAUCAGCUACUAAUACAACGCAAAUCACACAAAUGCAUUUCCAACGCGUGCAUCGCACCGAAAUGGAAUUGCAAAUCGAUGCCAACGGUAAUAAAUCCAAGCAUAUGACGGACAAUGGUGCGAGCAACGCUGUGACCACCAAUAAUUCCCAUAACAAUAAUAAUAACGGUGAUGUUGAUAACUGCAAUGCAAGCAACAACAACGCUAUCAAGAGGGACGACAAUGCAAAUCAUAACGCUAAUAAUAACCAGAGUGUUGUGGUAUUGCAUCAACAGCAGCUACCCCAUCAAGCACUUAUUUCAAGUGGAAAUAAUCAAAAGAAUGAAAUGUCUUAUUCCGUUUGCUGGCACCCUAAAACUGUUAUUGAUCCCACAAAUAAAACUUCAAUGCAACAUCAGCAAAUGCAGAAAAUGGAAAGUAAGAAAAUUCUUUUGCCUCCGCACUCCACAUUCAAACCGGAAAAAUCACUGCAGUCAACAGCACAAGGCGACAACUUUAGCCCAACUAAUGUGACAAAGGGUAAACUCUCGCAUGAAUCAAUCAAACAGCUGGUACUUGAAGCAGAGCAUUUAGUACGUGAUGCCGAAGCACUAAAGACCCCUAAUAAAUCGAAACAAAAGCAUUCCGUCAUCAAAUUGUCGUCAACGGUGAAGAAACGAGAGAACGCCAUGUCUGGCCCAAUCAAGCAACGUGUACAAGAGUGGCUGGAGCAUCAACCAUCAGCGUCAACUACUGUUCAGGGUCAUAGAAAUCUCAGCGAGGAGUUACAAAGUGGUGCAAAGUCCAAAGCGGGCGAUGACUGUGAAGCGUCGGGCGAAGCUUCGGAAACAGAUUCUGUUCCCCAGCUUGGUUCAGAUACUUCAGAGGGGCUUACAGAGUCAAUAGCUACGUGCAUGCAGACAAGUACAAAUUCAUUUGGUGGCAACUCUACUGAAUGCUUUGCAAGUUCUGCAGAACCAAUAGUCAGUUCAGCGCCAAUACUCGGUUACGGCAGUAGCAAUCAGAGCUUAAAUGUAAAAAUUGUGAAGCGCUCUCAGUCACGACGUAAGUCAGAACGACCAUGGUCGGUAUCAUGCCUGUCACAAUUGACUACUGGAACAGUCCCAAUAGAGACGAUUGCACCUGUUGUAGACCAUACACAAACUGGACUUGCUACCCACUCUAUCAGCGAGUCAGCGCUGGACUCUCUGUCUCCUUCCCGGCAACGUGUCUCUUCCUCAUCAACGAUAAAUGUCAUCCAAGUAAAAUCGAGCAAUAGCAAGGGAUCUUUGAAACGCCGUAAAACUCGAAAGAAGAAAAUGUCAACCUCUGGGAAUUUAGGAGUAGUCGCGACAAAUUCGCACUCAGUUGUUAAGAAAAGUCCAGAUUCUGGCUCAGAGGACACCGCUGCGAUGCCUCGACUCACACAAACGCUGCUCAUGAAGUCUUGUGAGUCCAUGUCUACGCAGCAAAUACGCGAAAUAACAAGCGCGCUAUUAUGCCUACAUCGCGGUAAUGGAACAAAUCUCAAUGAAGGUGCAACAGGCACAGCACAAUACACCUUGGAAGAGUCACAACAGCACGCCAUGCCGCAAUCACAUAAAGAUAUGGACGAGGGCGUCCCGUUGAUGAAACCCAAUUUUCGAGUGGGUUCCUACACCACGGCACAUAUGCGCAACGAGAAGCGGUUGGGUUCGUUAGCCGCUUUAGCCACUUAUAUGAAUGAUGAAGAAGAAGAGCAGCAGGGAGAAUACACCACUGGCACCGAAGAUCACCAUAGCAGUUUUUCAGAGACAGCUUGGGACAAUUAUCAAGAAAAAUAUAAUUCCGAAAAUUAUUCCGAAGGCUUCGAUUCGGAUGCAGCCAGGAAACUUAUGGAAUUCGGAGAUGACUAUAGAAAUUUCAUCGAUUCGCAGUCAGAUUGCUGUUCGUCGCUGUCUGCUGCCAACAAUUUGGAUUCGUUGUCGCCACCACGUAUGGACUCGUUGCAACAAGCAGACACGAAAACGAUCACGCAAGAUACAAUUGCUAACAGUGUGGACCAUGCCAGACGUCGCCGUGCACUUGACUUGGAAUACGAGAGAAGACGUAAAACAUUAGAGGUCCGUCGCAAAUCAUGUCAAGACUCAACUGAUGCACAAAAUACGCGUAGUCCCAUCAUAUCGACAUCAUCUUCAGUCAACGCAAUUACUCCUAGGAUCGGUUUUGAAAAAAUGAAUCAGCAAAAAAAAUCUGAUUUAACUGGUCGUAAAUUGGAAUUUGGUAUGAGUCAAUCGGCGCAGUCGUUGCGUCGUACCUCUGAAAGCGACACAUCAACUCGACGUCGCAAAAUUGACGAUCGCCGACGUUCAUCGCGCAACCUUGAUAAGAGUAUCAAAGUCAUACCGGCCACUUCUUCGUCGAGCUGCGAUGACUCCGACGAUGAAAAGGAGAUGCGAAAUUUGCUACAGCAAAGCAGAAAUCGUUUGGAAGACACGGAAGCCUUAAAGAUCCGCUGUCAUCUAUUGCGUCCAGAAGAUUAUACGGAGAUUAUUAGCACUUGUCGUGACAACAUACGGUGUCUGGAAGCCGUACUACGUGGUCCGCCUGGCACAGUGCUAUCUGCACAGUGUGCCGGCCAGACAAAAGAUUUACUAGCGGCUUGGGAGGAUCUUCUGAGCUGGAGUGAAAAUGCUGCCUCUGCUCGUAAAAUGCAAGAAGAGAUGAUCACCCUUAAGCACUCUCUUAGCAAAUUGGGUGAUAAUGGCAUAUUUGAGCUACUGGAUACGGAGCCCCAAAUCCAAGUCGCCAUCGAGGCUUUAAAGAAUGAGAAAUCAGAACUGCAAAAUUACCGCACAAAUAUGCUUCGACUGAACGCCAGUGUGCACAGUUGGUUGACACGUCAAGAAAGACGCUUGCAGAAUGCCAUAGCAGCGGAGCAAUUGAAAGAUUCUGAAAAAGUAUAUGUUGAACCGCUUAGUAGCCAUAUUAUGCCCAGUGUCGCCGAAGGAGAUGUUGCAAAGUGUUCAUCACCUGUAACCCUGCAAGGGGAAACAAAUAUAGUGACUACAAAUAUAAAUGACGCUACAAAGAAUAUGUCCUCUUCGAUUGCGACUAGCACUGUUGGUAGCAAUGCAAAAGUGUUGGACAUACAAACAUUAAUAAACGCGGAGAACGAAUUCCAUAAGCAUUUGAAGAACGAAGUAAGUGGAAUGUACAGUGCGUGGGAUGAUGCUGACGCUAGAAUAAACACACAAUUGGAGACACUUACAAACUCGUUGCUGGCUUGGAAGCAGUUAGAAAGUGGUCUGUACGAAUUUCAGCAAGCACUCGGUCAUGAUCGUGGUACACUGAAAGGUCUGGAGGGCGUUCUAGAUAAAGGUCAAGCAACACCAGUGGAGCUCGCACAGAAUGUGAAAGUCGUUGCCAAAUUACUUUCGGAGCGUGUAAAUGUUAGCGAAGAACAGCUCACUGCAGUUCGGGAACAUUUGGAUCCUAACCACAUAUUACAUAUUGCAAAAUUCACUGCUUCAAAUGGUUCCCUUUCGGAUUCUGGCAUUUCGGACGGUGGCGCAACUUCUGAUGGCGGGUUGUCUGAGCGUGAACGCCGACUCGGAGUAUUACGACGAUUAGUAAAGCAACUGGAGCUGGCUCUAGCACCUGGUAGUGAAGCAAUGAAAUCUAUUGCUGUGCGCAUGGAAUCGGCUGAAGCAGAACUCAAGAAUUUGCAAAACACUUGUCGUGAUUUGAUUGUGCGCACAGCUGCCUCGCACCAAAAUAAAAAAAUUCAACAAAAAUUGCAGAAAACCGAAGCACAACAACAACUCGUACCUGUAACUGACAUUGCCGUCAAAGGCACUGAGACUUCUAAAACUAAUGACAAUAGCUGUGGAAAAAAAGAAAGUCUAAUUCAUGAUCAAAAUAGCGCUAUUCAAUAUAAAGCAGCAUCAACAAGAAAUGGCCGACGUAAGCAGAACAAAAGACCUUCAGGGUCCGAUAACAACGUAGAUAACAACAAUGGCGGAAUCACCAAUAAUAAUUUGGAUGCCGCGGAAGUACGUAGUUAUAUGUCUGCCGCUGCCCCGGACUCUGGUGACCCCGCUGAUGAUCCAGAUAUCGAAUUUGAUUUGGACACAUCAAACAAUAAAAAUAAUAAGGUGACCCAUAAUAGUUGGGCUUGGCGCAUUGCAAAAGCAGCCGUGCCCAUGCAACUGGCUCUAAUAACCUUCCUAUGCGCCGCUUGCCUAAUGCAGCCCAACUGUUGUGACAACCUCAACAAUUUAUCAAUGAGUUUUACGCCUCAAUUGCGCUACAUACGUGGUCCUCCGCCGAUUUGAAAUACUUGCUAUCGGUUGCUCCUUAGGAUAGGGUAGAAACUAACAUGGCGACUUAUAAUAUGACCCUCCUACUGCUCAAGUUGAUAGCUUAUCAUUUAGGAAGGUAUCCAAUGCAUUCGAAAUUGGUUCAUAUUGGUGGGAAAUUACAAACCCAAUAAAAUUUCCUAAUAAGAUGCAAAGUGGAAUAAUUGGGAUGGAGAGGCGAUGGUAGAACACUUAAUUUAGAGGUGAAGGCAAUUAAAUUAUUUAGAUUUUAAAAUUAAUUGAACGGAGAAGGUGAAACUGCAAAAAGCGUUUGGAAAAUAAAUAGCAUAUAUGGAUAUGAAACCAGCCAUUACUAGAAUGGUCUAGUGUAUUGGUGUCACAAAUGCCGUAAUUCUGAAUUUUGAAAUCAUUGGAAUGAUUAUAUUGAAUGGAAUUCGUCAAUUUAGACGCAUCACAAUGUUGUGAUCAUAAAACACUGCGGCAUAUUCCAAAGGAGUGAAGUUGUUCUAAAUUUGCGCUAUGAUUGAAUGAUAUGAAAGGUUAUGAAUCACAAUUUAGCCGAAAGCUAAAUGUCUAUUGAGUUAGUAGGGCAAUAAUUAUAAUGAAAUUUGCAGAAGUUGUUGAGUGGAUAAUAUACAGCUACUUUUUUGUUUCGAAAACACUAAAGUGCCUGAUUACAUAUGACGCCUCGAAUGGCUCAGUAAUUUAUAUUUAAAAAUGUUCCUUAUGAAAUUACUUAAAAAACUAAAAGAGAUGGAAGGUAAAUUAAUUUCAGACUUUAUCAAAUUAAAACCAACACAUAUACACAAAUAUUAUGAAUUUCAAAUUGAUGACUGACAUUUUACUUUGGAUGCCCAAUGCCCUCAAAUUUGAGCUAUUUUGCAGUAAACGCUUGAAUUCCUUUUCUGUUGAUGAAGGUGCACUUCAUACUAUACAAAACAACUAAUUAGGUGUGAAUAUUGACAUCUCUUAUUUAACAAUGAAUUAAACUAAUAAGUAUCCUACCUUAGUUUGUAUAUUACGAUUCUACAAGAAACAUUUCAACUAUCUA